CUAAAUAUAUUUUAUAACUUAUCAAAUAUAUUUACAUGUGCGGGAGGAUAAUAUCUUACCAAUAUUAAUAGGAGAUUGUAAUCAACUGUCUGUACCCUAUAUAGAUCAACACAUAGAAGCUUCAAUUUCUGCAUAACAAAAUAACUAAACAGCACACCUACUUCAAUAAAUUUUUCAACGUCCUUUAUCCCACUUGUUUACAUGCUUAUAUAUACACCAUCCCACUCACCACAAAGCACACUUUAAUAAUUUUCAUAAUUUAUCAAAAUUAUCAAUUUCAUAAUUUUCAGCAGUUUUAUGGCACCGGUGCAGCCGCACAACCGAUGUAGAAGAUGCUGUUGCUGCCUCUUCAGCAUAAUUUGGAAGCUUCUCUUGGCAAUAAUCAUCCUCGUUGGUCUCAUAUACCUCAUUUUCUCCCUCAUCGUCCAACCACGAGCCUUCAAAUUCAGUGUCAAAGAAGCAAAACUCACCCAAUUCAACUACACCACCACCACCAACACACUCCGUUACAACCUCGUACUUAACUUCACGGCACGUAACCCAAACAAAAAACUCAACUUUUACUACGAUGAAGUUGAGGGACAUGUGUCCUACCACGGAACAAGGUUCGCUUCAACCGACAUUAUAACGUGGUUAAAUUCGUUCCGUCAAUACACCAAAAGCACGAACCUUAUGAGUGGUGUUUUCUCAGGGCAACGUGUUGUGGUUUUUGAUCAAGAUCAAGUUUCUGAUUUUGAACAUGACAAGAAAGAAGGAGUUUUUCAUAUUGAUGUGAAAUUAUACACUAAGAUGAGGUUUAGGCUUGGUGAUUAUAUUUUUGGAGAUAAUAAGAGUAACAUUAAAUGUGGGAUUGAUGUUCCUUUUUGUUCUAAUGGGACCAAGCUAAUGAAUGCAUUUGAACCCACCACAUGUGAUGUUCAUUUUUAAGGGUCAUUGUGUCACGCGCAUUAACUAUUUCUUGGAUUUGUUAGAUGGGCUUUCAUUUUGCUUAAGCCAUUUGUUUUUGUAAUAUUUUGGACUUUAUGAAAAAAUGUUGAGAGAUUGUUUCAUUCUUUA